GCCAUUCGGCAACAUGGCAGCAUGCACAGACCCACGUGAAUAUGGUAAAUAUUCCAACAAAACUGUAAAAACCAGGAUUGUAAAAUCAUUAUCAGGCGGCGAUAUGGCAGCCGAUGACAUGCCCGAGCUUUCUGACGGCGAUGACGAGAUUGACGAUGAAGAACAGUGGAUGGAGGAGGAAGAGGAGGACAGUCAGUCCGUUACCUGUCUGUUCUGUGACAGGCUGCUGAGCUCUGUGGCCGCCACCCUGCAGCACUGCACAGCUGAGCACCACGUCAACCUCGUGGAUGUUGUAAGAAAACACAGUUUAGACGACUACGGUUACAUAAAGAUGAUCAACUUCAUACGGUCCACAAACUGCAGUGCCUCCAGUCUGACGGGGCUCCCAGAUGCUCCUUUACCCUGGGAGAGUGAAGUCUUCCUGAGACCAGUCCUGCAGGACGACCCGCUGCUGCAGACAGACCCAGAGGAGCUCUGCGGCAGUGAGGGGUCGUGCCUAUCGUCGUCUGGGGCAGAGUCCCAUGAUGCACUGCUGCGCAGGACUCAGGCCGCUGAGGAGAGAGCUCGAUGUUCAGAAGAGGCGCUGGCCAGAGCCAUGGACGACCUGCACAAGCUGAAGAUCCUGGCUCAAGGUUUGGUCCUGAACGCAGAAACCGGCAAACCUGGGAAACUGGGCGCCGUCGCCGAGCUCCGCGAGGACGAGGACGAGGCCUAUUUCAGCUCAUACGGCCAUUACAGCAUACACGAGGAGAUGCUGAAGGACAAAGUGCGCACAGAGAGUUACCGCGACUUCAUGUACCGCAACCCUGAGCUAUUCAAAGAUAAGGUGGUGCUCGACGUGGGCUGUGGAACUGGGAUACUCUCCAUGUUCGCUGCCAGAGCCGGGGCCAAAAAGGUCAUCGCGGUCGAUCAGUCAGAAAUCAUCUAUCAAGCCAUGGACAUAGUCCGGUCAAACCAACUGGAGGACAAGAUUACUCUGAUCAAAGGACGCAUCGAAGACAUCGAGCUCCCUGUGGAGAAGGUGGACAUCAUCAUCUCAGAAUGGAUGGGAUACUUCUUGCUAUUUGAAUCCAUGUUGGACUCAGUCCUGCAUGCCAGAGAUCUCUACUUGGCUGAUGACGGCUCAGUGUACCCAGACCUCUGUAACAUCAGCCUCGCUGCUUUGGGAGACACACAGAAACACCAAGACCGCAUUGCAUUCUGGGACGACGUCUACGGCUUCAACAUGUCCUGCAUGAAGAAGGCUGUGGUGCCUGAGGCGGUGGUGGAAGUGGUGAAAGCAGACACGCUGAUCUCUGAACCUGCGGUCAUACAGACGAUCGACUGUAACAGAGUGUGUCUGUCUGAGCUGGAGUUUGUUUCUGAUUUCUGCCUGAAGAUAACGAACACCACACAGUGCACGGGAAUUGUCGGCUACUUUGACAUUUUCUUUGACAAAGGCUGCAGCAACAAGGUGAUGUUUUCCACGGGUCCCCAGUUCACAAAGACCCACUGGAAACAGACCGUCUUCCUCCUGGAGACUCCUCUGCCCGUCCAAGCAGGUGAGGAGCUCUUGGGAAAGAUCACCGUACGUAAAAACAAGAAGGACCCUCGCUCGCUGUUCGUCACCUUUGACCUCCGGGACAGGAAGCAGACUUACAUCCUGCAGUAGGAGCAUCGUCCGUGACUUUGUAGAUCUCUUAGACAGCAGCAACUUUUUUCCAACGAGCAUAAAUCUACUGGAUGUGAUGUGAGGCCGUUGUUUUUGAAGCUUUGACCUGGUAUUGUUUCUUGUAAU